AUGGGUAAGAGAAGGAUUGAGAUCAAGAAGAUUGAAGAUAGACAGAAGAGAGACGUAGCAUUCACUAAGAGACGCCAUGGCCUGUUCAAGAAAGCAGCUGAUCUAUGUCGACUUACUGGUGCUGAUAUUUCUCUGUUGAACAAUACCAUUAAUGUUAAAGAAGAAAAAGUUGCUGAUGAUGAGACAACUAGGGUUGCUGAUGAUGGGUUUUGGUGGAAUAACCUAAAUCCAGAAGAAAUUGAUAGUAUUGAAAAGUUAACGGCUGUAAGAAAUCAAUUACUUGAUGUGAAAAAGAAGGUUGCACAGAGAAAGCAAGAGUUGCUUGCAGCAGCAGCAAAACCAAUUGAUAUUGCUACCUCUACUUCUACAACUACUACUUGUACUGUUGUAGAGAAGAUGAAGGAGGAUUCUUUCCUGUUGGAGGAUGAUUUGAGAAUGUUAUUAUCAGAUUGCUAUGAUGAUGCACAGAAUUGGUUGCCUUCUAUUGAUGAUUCGGGAACGUUAUUUGAGGGUUUAGAUGAUUUAGAGAAUUGGGGUUGA